AUGUCCAGAUUUUGGGGCUUCAGAAUUCUUUACUUGUUGCUAUAUGAAUCAUAUUGUGUUGUUGCUGUUGAAUCUGCUGGCAGACAGCUUCCAAUGGCAUUUCUUGAGCGAAUUAAGGAGGAUUUCACUAAGAAAUAUGGUGGGGGCAAAGCUGCCACAGCUGUUGCUAAUAGCCUCAACAGAGAGUUUGGGCCCAAGCUGAAGGAGCAGAUGCAGUAUUGUGUGGAUCAUCCAGAGGAGAUCAGCAAGCUUGCAAAGGUGAAGGCGCAGUAUUGUGUGGAUCAUCCAGAGGAGAUCAGCAAGCUUGCAAAGGUGAAGGCGCAGGUUUCAGAAGUCAAAGGGGUGAUGAUGGAAAAUAUUGAGAAGGUUCUUGAUCGUGGAGAGAAGAUCGAGCUUCUAGUGGACAAAACAGAGAAUCUUCGGUCUCAGGCACAAGAUUUCAGGACACAAGGAACCCAGAUGAGGAGAAAGAUGUGGUUGAAGAACAUGAAGAUAAAGCUGAUAGUUCUGGGUAUUAUCAUUGCCUUGAUUCUCAUUAUAGUUUUAUCAGUUUGUGGUGGCUUCAAGUGUCACUAAUAUCAGUCCUCCAUCCGUCUGACUGGGCUGUGUAUUCGCAAGAAGUUGUGAUGCUUUUUGUUACAAUAGUUUGGUGUUUGUUCGCUGAUUUUUUUUUUUUUUUGUUGACCCUUUUCUUUCUGCUGUAACCUUUAUUGUGAGACACUGCUUGUACAGUUUGUAUUCUCGAAUUCUUUCAAUAUACUAGUAGAAUAGUCUAGGUACUACGCUGAAGUUUGUCUUGC